AUGUCUCUGCACUACCUUCCCCCCGUCAAGCCCUCGGCCAUUGCCCUGGGAACCAUCUUCAACCACUCCAUUGAGCUGGCUGUCCUGACCCCUCUCUUCGGCCAGACCUACAACCGCGCCAAGAUCGCCAACACCAAGGAGGAGUUCAUCCGCUCCAAGGAGGCCACCGGCGCCGCCGUCGCCUGGGGCACGUCCCUGGUCGGCUCGGCCCUGCAGUCGUACGGAGUCGGCGCCCUGAUCAACGCCACCGGCACCCUGAGCUACAAGGGCGCCGCCUACCUGGGCGCCCUCAUCUUCGCCGCCACCUCGGCCCCGACCUACCUGGCCCAGAUCUUCACCGAGAAGCGGCCUACGGACACGGUCGCCGUCGGCGCCCUCGCCAAGCUGUUCGAGACGGUCGGCCUGGCCACCUUCCUGACCUGGUGGGGCACCAGGACCAACCCCUUCGAGUAA